AUUAACCCCCUUAGUUUGUACAUCCACUGGAAUUAGCCUUUAUUUCCAAAAUUACAUGUAUUUUUGCUACUAGUCAAACCUAAUGCAUGAUUUAAGUGACCUGUUUCUGUAGUAUUUAAAAGUGACUGCUGUAAUAAGUGUUGCAUGUAAUCUUGUGCUAGUUGCAUGUUUAAGUGGAAAGUUUUACUAAAUUGCCACCUUGAUUUCUGACCACCAUCACAUUAAGUAAGAAAUGACCCAAAUACAGAUUCUUCAUAGGUUGCGAUAAGUGCUUUUCUAAAAGGCUUUCAAUUUAAACGUUGGCUCUGUACAUGUGUUUUGGGAUGAGAGGCUUGCUUUCUCCCUGUACUGGUCAUGUACGCACUGCAGAGACAGGCUGUAAUCAAGGCCAUAUAAUUAGAGACACACAGAAGGUUUGGGAGUCACCCCACUGCGGACAGAAAUACCCUGAAACAUGGGCCUCGUGUACCAAAUGCAACGUGGUCAUUGCAACGUGAAGUAUAAUCAGCCAAACUAUUAAUUGCUUACAUGAGUCCCUGGAAAGCAGCCGGUGCAUCAUGCUCUCCUCAAAGUUGAUGUUGUCUUGUGCAUGUGGAGAAAUAUUCCUUUCUACAUACAUUCCUCUGCAUUGCACUUGGGAGAAGAAAAAAUGCAGAGUAAAACGAUUCGAUAGGACCUCAGCCAGGGGAUAUGAGUCCAAAAGAUGAUCCCUCUUCGGCCGGACAACUUCAAAGCCACACCCGUGCUGUUUUGUGCCUUCGAAUCAUCAUGGUCACUUUUUUUUUUCAUUCUUAUGGCGCCCCUGUAUCUCAAACAUGUCAUGAAGUCGAGCAGGAAUGAAGGAGGGCGGAGAAGCUGAAAAUAGAGGGACGGACAUCACUUUCCGAGGAGCGGUUGAAAAAAAUGCUACAGUAUAACAGGGACGGGAAUGCUCGGAAACUCUCCUCCUCUCUUCCUUCACAUUGGUGUUGCCCUCUUUGGCCCCCUGCUCUGUCCUCGGCUCACUGUGGUCCUGCUUACACCAUCAACCAGCAGAACGUGAAAAAUGACAUCCCGCUUGGUUUUCCAUAUGGCCUGCGUGACCUUGCUGUCACUGUGCUGCGGCGUGGCUCGGGGAGCCCCCAUGUUCUACAACGUGUCCAUGGAUGCUAGCGGUGAUGACGGGUUGGAGUUCCUCUUCCCAAAGUACUUCUCCACUCGUGCACCUGUUCAAGUCAGCGCUGCUACCCAUGUUCCCGACGCUUCCGACACCCCCACGCUCACCAACACCAUCACCACGACCAUCAUCCGUCUGAAGGACUUUGUACUAACCAGAGUGGUGGACUUUCUGGAGGGAAAUCUUCUCAUCAUCAUUGUCGUGACCUCUCUCCUCAUCGUUAUGGUCUUUAUUAUCUGCUGCGCCUCUGCCAUGAGUCAGAAGCAAAAGCUGGCGGCCUACAAGGCCCCGCCUCAAACUUCCGGCAAGUACGCGGCGGAAAAAAACGUUGUACACAGAGGUCCGAACGAGUUCCAGGAGAGGCCGUAUGCUGUGGACCACAUCAAGAGGGUCCAGAUGCAGAGCAGCGCCUCACCCAAGAACCUGCGCAUGCCUUCCAAGGCUCUGGUGGGAGAAAGGGGCAGGGACGUUAAGUCGUCACCACGCCCAGAGGUGAGGAAGGUCAGGGAGGUCGAGGAAGUGGAGAAUCGCAGAGAGGAGACCAAACACAAAGAGCAGGUGAAGCGCAGGGAGGAGGUGCAGCACACCUCCAGUCAGCCUCUUUGCACCUGUCAUCUGAAGAAGGCCCACCACUAGAGUGCCCUCACUGCUGCUGCUCGCAUUGCAUUGACACAGCAAACGGGAACUUAAGGUGUUUGAGCAUUUAUUUGACAUUAGAAAGUUCUACUCUUUUACAUCUAGCAGUGUUUCACUAGUAGUAGCUCGCAGAUGUCAUCUCAGUUUGGCCUCACAAAUAACAUUCAGUUUUCCUAUUAGAAUGUCAAAGUUAUCCUAUUAGCGUACAGAAAUGACAUACAGCGGUGGAAAAAAGACGACUCCUAAGACAUUCUAUUCACGCUCUCCAGUCGUUCUUCUAAUGUGGUGAAUCAUCAUUACUAUUGAGGUUGUAGAGCACAUCCGGACAUAGACCUUAAGAGAGAGAUCAAAGAUUUUGAAUAAAUGCUCAAAUGGUUUUGAAGGUAGAAUCGGAAAGCAUGUUACUAAUAUAACACAGCCGUUCUACUAGUAUGCCUUGAUCAUUCUAAAAGUGUGCUCCUUUGUCAUACCAGUUAGGACAAAGUAUAAUUGACUCCAUGGUUCUUAAAGACCCUCUAAAGUGAAUUCAGUGAUUUGUUUCAAAAUAUAUUGUACAUGUUCGGAGAUAAUUGCUGAAAAUGGGGAAAGAAUGAAAAAUACGCAGUCCUGAAUUUGAGAGAUAUAGAGUUGAAGUGUUAUUCGCCAUUUUGGUUUUUCUGCAUCAGCGGUUCUCGACAACAAUUGCGAUUAAAUCUUAUUUUUACUCGGCCCAUUCCCACCACUCUCGCAUGCAGUUAGCUCGUUAGCUAUGCCUACACCCUGAAAAUGUCUCUUUCCUGGGAGCCACAGAAUAGCCUGGUGUCAAUAUUUCAAUUCCCAAGCGAGGAGGUGACCUUGCGGACGAACUUGCUGACCGUCCACCGCCUCGGAGGAGCCCUGAAAAACUUGCAAGCUCGCUGGUGGCUUGCGCCUCAAAUCGUGACAUGAAAAGUCCUGCGGCGACCACGUUAGAUAUAUUGCAGCCCCCAUAAGGUUUAAGCCGAUAUAUGAGUAGGCAUAAGAAAGUAGCUUGUCCAAGUAGCAUCAAUUAUUUAUUUUAUUGUUUUAAGGGGGCGUGGUUUCACACAUUCGGGAGACUCGCCCAGAGCAUUUAAAAAAUAAUUAACGGCUUGAUUUUUCACAAUUUUCAAAGCCUUGUUUUAGAUACUUUUUGAUUAUUUUAAUCAUUCAAAAUGGACAAUUUAUGAUACAUUUCUAUUUUCACUUUACAGAGACUUUAAGAUACAUACCAAAGCUAUUGAAUAAACGCUAUACUGUAUGCUAAUAUAUUUGAACACACUUACUGGCCACAACAUUUGGUAAACCUAGAUUUUACCAAUAUUACCUAGUUUUAUCAUUUUUAAUAUAUUGCAUCAAGCUGCUAUGUUGUUUUAGAAACACCUUUAGAAUACUGCCAAAAUUAGCAUUACAGUUAUUCUUUUGUCAAUCAAAUCUGACAAUUAUCAUGCUUGUAAAUGCUGAAUUUUGGAUACAACUCUUGUAGUGGUUUACAUUACAUUGUACCUAAUGUUGUGGAUGCCAAGCUUACAGUAUAUAAAUAUAUACCAUGUAUGAAAAAUAAUACAAACAAGAUACUGUACUGUUAUAAACACAGUUGAUGUCCUCAUGUUCAGCAAUGCUAUUUUAUUAACUCAACAAUCCUUCUGGAGUAAUUAAGAAAAAUAAUAUAUAAACUCUAAACACAUUUUAUACAUACACUUUGCAGCCUGAGUGCUUAUUGAAAUAUGUUUGUCUAAUAUAAAUACUAAAAUAGUGUUAAAGUGUGAACACAAUGCCUGCCAAGACAGAGGAAUCUCCUCAUAAUGUCCUGCUGUACAUGCAAUCAAGACAAUUCAGCAUGAGAGUGAUUUUUUUUUUUGGUGCUACUAGUUGACAUGAAACUUAAUGUCUUGAUUACAUUCAAAAAAAUUCUUUAGAGACACUUUCAGCAUGUUUAUUACGUAUUUGCUUGUCUUUUUUAAUUAUUUUUACAUUUAUCUCAUUAGUUCCCUAACUUUUCAUGCAAAAAAAUAGAACUUAUGACAUUAAUUUAACCAAAGAACGAUGUUCAAAAAUGCAUGUAUUAGACUACAGAUCAUAUGUUCAUGCUCAUUGUCAAAAGGUUACUUUUUUUUUGUAAACUUGUUUUUUUUGCCUAUCUUAUGUAUACAGUAAAUUAUCAAAGUUUUGAUUAUUAUAUAUUUCUUCUUUUGUGAUCAAAAUUACCAACAGUUUUGAAAAAUGGACCAUACCUUUGUUUCAAUAGUGCCACUUUAUUUGCCAAUAUAUGGGUGGGGAUUUUAGGGGAAUUAUUUAUCUGUAUUUAUCUGAUUUGAUUCAAACCGCAGGUUAUCGGAGUGUUUCCAUUUGUUUCAGCACAACUAAAAGAAUCUCAUCCAAAUGUGAAAUUUUCAGUUAGUACAAGUCUUAAUUUUGACAGCUUGUAUGCAUCUCUCUAGGGCGGUGUAUUUUAUUUUUCUCCUGGUCUUUGCUUCACUUCUGUUGAAUAAAACUGUGGAUAAU